AUGGCUACCCAUAUUUCUAAUGGUAACGGCGCAUUAUCGCCAGCGUCCAGCUACGAAGGCGCGACACUUGCGGAUCUUCCCAAGUCAUGGCAUUUUACCGAAUCUCUUCCCGCCGAUUCCAUCUUCCCAACGCCUGCCGACUCCCACAAAACUCCCCGAGAUCAGAUUACACCUCGGCAAGUUCGCAAUGCCGCAUACACCUGGGUCCGGCCUGCCGAGCAGAAGGAUCCGGAGCUACUGGCCAUCAGCCCAGCUGCGUUGCGCGAUUUGGGAAUCAAGUCUGGUGAAGAGUCCACCGAUGACUUUAGACAGCUAGUAGCUGGGAACAAGUUAUAUGGCUGGGAUGAAGAGAAGCUCGAGGGCGGAUAUCCCUGGGCUCAAUGCUACGGAGGCUUCCAAUUCGGACAAUGGGCUGGCCAACUAGGCGAUGGCAGAGCUAUUUCUCUCUUUGAGACCACCAACCCUGCCUCUGGCGAGCGCUAUGAGCUUCAACUCAAGGGUGCUGGCAUGACACCUUACUCCCGGUUCGCUGAUGGAAAGGCUGUCUUACGAUCCAGUAUCCGAGAGUUCAUUGUCUCAGAAGCACUCAAUGCCCUCAAGGUCCCCACUACCAGAGCUCUAUCACUUACGCUUCUGCCAGAUUCAAAGGUUCGUCGAGAGACGAUCGAGCCCGGCGCCAUCGUUCUGCGUUUUGCACAGUCGUGGUUGCGUCUCGGUAACUUUGAUAUCCUUCGAGCUAGAGGAGACCGUAAGCUCAUUAGACAACUGGCCACAUACAUCGCCGAGGACGUAUUUGGUGGCUGGGAUAAGCUGCCAGGUCGACUUGAAGACCCUGAUGAGCCUGUUAAAUCACUGGACCCCAAGCGUGGAGUUUCUUCUGAGACUAUUGAAGGAGAUAAUGGUUCUGAAGAGAACAGAUUUACGAGAUUCUAUCGUGAAGUUGUACGGCGCAAUGCCAAAGUGGUGGCCAACUGGCAAGCUUAUGGGUUUAUGAAUGGUGUUUUGAACACGGACAACACCUCGAUCUACGGGCUAUCAAUAGAUUUUGGUCCAUUUGCUUUCAUGGACAAUUUUGAUCCUGCAUAUACACCCAAUCAUGAUGAUUACACCCUUCGUUAUAGUUACAGAAACCAACCCACCAUAAUCUGGUGGAACCUCGUUCGUUUUGGUGAGGCAAUCGGUGAACUGAUGGGGGCAGGCGCCAAUGUUGACGAUUCAACUUUUGUCAACGAAGGUGUUACCAAAGAGCAAGAGGCUGAAGUAGUGGCAAGGGCCGAGAAACUUAUUACACAGGCUGGAGAAGAGUACAAGGCAGUGUUCCUCGCAGAGUACAAACGACUCAUGACUGCUCGUCUGGGUCUGAAGACACACAAGGACUCUGACUUUGAUAUCCUUUUCAGCGAGGCUCUCGACACUUUGGAGGCCCUAGAACUUGACUUUCACCACUUCUUUCGUCGUCUCAGCAAGAUCAAGUUGCAGGAUAUCGCCACGGGAGAAGCACGUAACGAGAAGGCGUCUGUGUUCUUCCACAAAGAAGGUCCCCCAACAACUAUUUCCGAAGAGGAUGCCAGAGCGCGUCUUGCGAUCUGGCUUGAAAGCUGGCGCGAGCGUAUCAUCGAAGAUUGGAAGGAUGAGGGAGAGGACGUCUCAGAAUCUACAGACAGUGACAGAAUCGAGGCGAUGAAGCGAAUGAACCCCAACUUCGUUCCUCGCGGUUGGAUACUUGAUGAGCUCAUCCAACGGGUUGAGAAGGACGGUGAGCGAGAUGUGCUGAACCGCGUCAUGCAUAUGUCUCUCAAUCCAUUUGAAGAUCGCUGGGAUGGCGAGACAUUCGAUGGAAAGACGUAUAAUGGCGAUAAGGAUGAGGAGCUCCGAUGGACAGAUGAUCCUCCAAAGACCGAGCGAGCUAUGCAAUGCAGCUGCAGUUCAUAG